AUGGUGGGCUUUAUUAAAGUAAACUGCGAUGCCGCUCUCACUGUGGAUUUGAGUAAAGGGGGUUUGGGAGUAAUUUUCAGAGACCAUAUUGGUGCUGUGGUUAAGGCGGGAUCCAUCCCUCAGAAGCUGGGUUCUGUUAUUCAGGGAGAGAUUAUGGCGAUUCGUAGUGCUUUUAUUUAUGCUUUAGAGCUGAGCUUUGAUUACUUAAUUGUGGAGUCUGAUAGUAGGGAUGCUAUCGCGUUCUGUGAUGGGUCAAAAUCCCCAAGGUGGGAGGUGGAGGAUUUAGUGGCGGAUGUGGUUAGACUAAAAUCCUCUUUCUCUUCUAUCUCUUUCUCUUUUAUUCCUAGGGUAAUGAAUGGUAUUCCGGAUGCCCUAGCCAGGAAGGCGCUGUCAAUUGGGUGCAUAGCAAAUUGGCCAAAUUCCAUUCAGUGGCUUCAGGAGUUAUGUGUGACUGAAGCCACUGACUGUACUCACCCCUCUCAUCAAUAA